UCCCGCCCCGGCGCACGUGCGCGGCCGCCCCGUCCGGCGGAGCAGGGGCCGCUGGGCCGCCCGCAGCGGCGGGGGUGGCGCUGUGACGUCACGGCCCGCACGGCAGCCGCGGGGCGCCCGCACUGUGAGGUCAUCGCGCGGCGCGGCCCGGCCCGGUCCCAGCGGCCGCCGCCGCUGCUGCUACUGCUGCUGCCGCUGCCGCCGCCGUCGUCGCCGCCGGCGGGGGAGGGGGCAGCAUGGCCGAGGCGGAGGCGCCGCCGCCGUCGUUGCCGCGGGUGGGCGCGUGGCUGCCGGUGCUGGUGGAGCAGAUGGUGAACGACACGCUGGUGGUCACGCUGAGCUGCGGGGAGCGGCGCUUCACCGGCGUCCUGCUCGACUGCACCAAGAAGUCGGGAUUGUUUUGUCUCCCAUCCGCCUUUCCCAAGCACGAGGACCCUCCUGCUGACGCUUGUGCUAAUGGAGUUGCUGAUGGCGGGGAUGCUGUGCAGGGCGAGAUGGAGCUGCAGCCCGCUGGUGAAAAGCCUCUUAAGGGAAACAGUGAUGAGCAAGUACCUCCCCUGCUGCCUCCGCCGCCGCCCGGUAGCCUUCCUCCUUACCCCCCCUACUUUGAGGGAGCUCCCUUUCCUCGUCCACUAUGGCUACGGCACACGUACAACCAGUGGGUUCCUCAACCACCACCGCGGACUAUAAAGAGGACGAGGAGGCGUUUGUCGCGGAACAGAGACCCGGGAAGGCUUAUCAUGAGCACUAUCAGGCUGCGACCAAGGCAGGUGCUCUGUGAGAAGUGUAAAAACACUCUGAAUCCUGAGGAUGCAAACAUUGCUAGGCAGAAUGCUAAAACCAGGAGGAAGCUAAGCAUUCAGGACAAAGAGCAGAAAAAGCACAGCGACUCUGACUACAUGGAGAAAAGGAACAAAAGAGAGAAGAGAGAGGAUGACAAAUUUUCUGGAGAACUAGUUCAUCGAACACCAGUUAUAAAAAUAUCCUACAGUACUCCACAAGGGAAAGGUGAAGUUGUAAAAAUCCCUUCCCGGGUUCAUGGCUCAGUCAAACCAUUUUGUCCAGAGCGAAUAUUGCAGAAUGGAGAGGAGGACCAAGAGGAGACCAGAGACACUGAACGGUGUCGAGAAACCAAAUGUUUAAUGGACAAGUCAGCAGGCAGCCAGCUUGCUUCCAUUCCAAAACUGAAGCUCACACGGCCGGUGCAUUCCAGUGCGGAUGUCCCACCCCCAAAGAUACGGCUGAAGCCCCAUCGCAUAAAUGAUGGUCAGAGUGUUUCAAUUUAUAAGGCAGAACUUAUUGAUGAAAUAAAUGUCCUUCAGAACAGCAGGAAGUCCAAUCCUGGUACAUUUUACAAUGACGAAUCCACGGACAGAAGUUUAGUUGAGAUAUCUUCAGGGAGUUCAGGUGAAGAUGAUGACUUUAAAAGAUUUCACCAAGGUAAAGAUGGACAUGAUAACUUGGCUUUCCUUAUGAAUUAUCGUAAAAGAAAAGCAGAUUCUUCUAGUUUAUCAGUGUGUAGUAACGACAGUCUAGACGAAUCCAAGUCUUCUAGUUCAGAAGUAACAUCACCAGAAAUGUGUGACUUUUUGCCUGGUGAUGAUGCAUCUGUCUCUUCAUCUUCAAAAGAUGAGCGUAAAAUUGUGCCACCACUGACAGUUAGACUGCAUACCCAAAGUGUGUCUAAAUGUGUCACAGAAGAUGGAAGAACUGUUUCAGUGGGGGAUAUUGUUUGGGGUAAAAUUCAUGGUUUUCCAUGGUGGCCAGCACGUGUUCUUGACAUAAACCUUAGCCAGAAGGAAAACGGGGAACCUUCAUGGCGAGAAGCUAAAGUAUCAUGGUUUGGUUCUCCAACGACUUCAUUCUUAUCUGUUUCAAAACUCUCUCCUUUCUCUGAAUUUUUCAAACUGAGAUUUAAUCGCAAGAAGAAAGGGAUGUAUCGGAAAGCUAUCACAGAAGCUGCAAAGGCAGUAGAGCAUCUGACUCCAGAAAUAAGAGAUCUCUUAACACAGUUCGAGACAUAACUCUGCCUCCAGUAUCAGUGACCUGAAAUGCAGUAAAAAGGCUGGGCGAGUGCAAUGCCUGGAGGAAACGUGCAACGUCCGGCGGCAGGAGACGCGUCUCUGCCCUGCCAGAGCAUUCCAGCAAGGGCCACCUGGAACAGGCAAGAAAGUCACCCCAAGUCUCAGGUUUUUCUGCUAGCUAAAACCAGAUAGAGAUUAACAUCAUCUUCAGGGAGAGGAAAAAAAAUAAAGGAGCUCCAAAGGUCAUAUGUGUAAUUCAGGGAUGAAAUUUCAAAGUCUGGAUUUAGAAAUGAGAGCCAAAGGCUCCAAGACUGCAAUCUAUUGCUGAAACCACGCUGGUGACUAACCAAAAAGGUCUGCCCUAAAAAUGUAAAAAUCAUGAAUCAUUCCUGAAAGCCAGAAAAUGUUUUGUAACUUCCAUGACUCCAGCUUAAACUCUCAGCAUCCUGUUUGCUGCUGGCCUUGGUUCGAGGGCUUUGACUUACUCAUCCAUUAGGAAGGUUUACCCUGAAAGCAUGUAGGCUUGAAACUUGUCUUUGAACAAACUGAAUAAAGACACACUUUU